AAGAGAAUGGCCAUCUAUUACCGACAACUCAUUUUGUUACAUUUGAUGUAACUGAUUUGUAUACAAUGAUACCGAGAAAUGGAGCAUUAGAAGCAUUAGGACGAUUUCUAGUUAAAACAUCUACAGGAGGCAAAAUUGGUAAUUUAUCUAUUGAUACUAUCUUAAAAUUAGCUCGUCUAGUAUUAGAUACGAAUUAUUUUGUCUAUAAUAAUAAAUAUUAUCGACAAAUCAAAGGUGGAGCUAUGGGUUCAGCAUUUACAAUGACAUUAGCCAAUGUUUAUAUGUUAGAAUGGGAACAACCAUUAAUUGAAUUACAAGCACAACAAGGAGAAAUCUAUGGAAGAUACAUCGAUGAUGUCUUCAUGACAUCGAAUAUGUCGACUAAUGUUAUACAUGAUAAACUUGACUGGAUGAAUCAAAAGGAUCAUAAACAUAUAAAAAUUACAUAUUCGGUUGAUCUGAAAGUUGAAUUUCUUGAUGUUCAAAUUGAAAAUCAUCAUGGAUUAUUAAAAACAUCAGUCUAUCGGAAACCAGCUGCUGAACCAUAUAUAUUACCAUAUUCAUCUGACCAUCCUCAUCAUAUACAUAUGAAUAUACCGUAUGAAGCAUUAUUACAAGCUGCUCGGUUAUGUUCAGAUGUGUACACAUUCGAUAAAGAACGAUUAGAUAUUGAAAUUAAGCUAUUAUUAAAUGGUUAUCCACCACAAUUUCUUAAAUAUCACUUUAAUCGAUUUUUUCGCUUGAAUCAAGUAUUAGAAGUAUGCACUGAAUUAGAUGCACACAAAUAUCAAAUGUUGCAUCAAAAGUUAUUAUAUUUACCGACACGGCGUGAAAAGAAAUAUCAACGGCAAACAACAGACGAAAAUGAUAAUUCAAUAGAUAAACAAUGGAAUAGAAAGAUUCUAAUGUUAUCACAUACAUAUGAAAGUGGCCCAUCAAAAAAUUUUAGACGAGAAUUUCGAAAGUUAUGGACAAAAUAUUAUGUCUACAAAGGAUCAGUUGUCAAAAAUGUGCGUACAAUGAUAACAGCACUGAAUAAUCCAUCAUUGAAUGAUUUACUUGUUCGUAAGAAACCACCUGCAUCGUUAUUAACUAAAAUGGAAAUAUUAUUGUCUCCGCCGUCAUCCAAGAUCGAAUCAGAACAAGAUACUGAACCUAAGAAAUAG